UAUCUAUGGAACUUUCUAAGUUUGGUAUUUUUGUUUGGCAACUCUUAAGUAUAUUUGCGAUUGCCGCUUGCGGUCACACUGAAACUCAUUCUUUGAAUCCAAUUCCUCGCCACGCCAAGGACGGCAGUAACCUCAGAUACAAUAGCAUAACAAAAUAAACCAAAAAAAAAACGACAAAAUGUUCUCGUCAUUUUUUCAAGCCGCCAGGAAUUCGCCAUUUAGAUCGCCAUUUACCCCAGUCCGGUGCGAUGACGGCCAGCCUGCUGUGGAGAGUGAGCCAGCGCUUGGAAGUGGCCCUGGCCCAGUAGUUGGACGUGAAAUCGCAGCUGCAGCAUCAUCUCAAUCCGAUUCCUGUGAGUUUGGCAGCGCCAAAUAUUUUGCUCUGUGCGGUAUCGGCGGUAUUUUGAGCUGUGGUACCACGCACACCUUUGUGGUUCCAUUGGAUUUGGUCAAGUGUCGUCUGCAGGUCGACCCCGCCAAGUAUAAGAAUCUGAUCCAUGGCUUCAAGGUCACUGUAGCUGAGGAAGGCGCUCGAGGCCUGGCCAAGGGUUGGUUCCCAACUCUAAUUGGCUAUUCCGCUCAGGGUCUGUGCAAGUUCGGUUUGUACGAGGUGUUCAAAGUUAAGUACGCCGACAUCCUUGGCGAGGAAAAGGCGUAUUUGUACCGUACCUAUGUGUAUCUUGCCGCUUCGGCUUCCGCUGAAGUCUUUGCCGAUAUUGCGCUGGCGCCAUUUGAGGCAGCCAAGGUAAAGAUUCAGACUGUUCCCGGAUUCGCUAACACAUUCCGUGAGGCAGUGCCCAAGAUGUAUAAGGAUGAAGGCAUUACAGCCUUCUACAAGGGUUUGGUGCCAUUGUGGAUGCGUCAGAUUCCGUACACCAUGAUGAAGUUUGCAUGCUUCGAACGCACCGUCGAGCUGCUCUAUAAAUAUGUGGUACCCAAGCCACGUAUUGAAUGCAGCAAGGGCGAGCAAUUAAUUGUGACCUUUGCCGCUGGUUACAUUGCUGGCGUCUUCUGCGCCGUUGUUUCGCAUCCCGCUGAUGUGGUUGUCUCCAAGCUGAACCAAACCAAGGGUGCUAGCGCUAUAGGCAUUGUCAAGUCUCUCGGCUUCAUGGGUAUGUGGAAUGGAUUGGGGCCCCGUAUCAUCAUGAUCGGUACGCUCACUGCCCUACAAUGGUUCAUCUAUGAUGGUGUCAAGGUUGCUCUGGGCAUUCCUCGCCCACCACCACCAGAGAUGCCCGCCAGUCUGAAGGCCAAGGAGAAGAGCAAGUAAAUGGCUCUCACGAAAUUCCAAAAGAAAAACAAUGCAAAAAAAAUGAAAAACAUCUAAAUUAAGUCCAACUCAAAGUGCAGAUCCAGCAAAUAGCAGGAAACGGAACGUCAACAUCCAUUAGUAGCAUACAUGAACUGGCGAAACAAACAUACCAAAUUUGCUUUUAAAUAUCUGUUUUCAACUGAUUUUACCUCUUCUAACUUUACACGCAUACAUUUCGGUUCAUAGCCAUUCCAAGGUAGCUAAUAACUACUAAUGCAUUCUUCAAACUGUUCGGAACAAUAUACAUUCUUCACUUAUCUAUACUUAGCUUUAUAUAUUCCAUUCUAUUAAAAUUUAAUGUGCAUGUAAACGUCGAUUGCCGUACGUAUGCAUAUAAAUGUCUUAGUUUACACUGAAAAGUCUAUUUGUAUGUUGUUUCUCCAACUUCAAUGAUAAGUGUUGAAUUGUAGGGAUGAGAAUAUAAUAAGUAAUAGAUAUGAUACGACACUCAAAUGCCGCUUAGAAAAAUUCCCUGACACUCUGAAUAAACUAAAUUAUAAAAUUGAAACAGUA